AUGGGUAAACCAAGACGAGCCGCUGUUCUUGCGGCCGCACAGGAGUCGACCACGCCCCCCGACGAGUUGACUGAGACCCAAUUCGUCGCGCGAAUCGUCAGGGCCGAGGGCAACAGCCUCUACACUUGCGAGCUGCCCAACGGCAAGACCGCCACCUUAGAACUCGAGCCAAAGUUCCGUAACACCAUCUUUGUCAGGCGCGGCGGAUAUGUGUUGGUGGACCUCGCGUCAGCAGAGGAACGAUUAAAGACCAGCAAGGUCAUGGGUGAAAUCAUCAACAUCGUGCGCGACGAGAAGGCGUGGCGUAAGCAGCCGUACUGGCCGAAGAACUUCGUCAAAAACACGUUCGGCGAAGACGAGGACGACAAUUCGACCGUUGGUAAACUGCCACCUAGUGACUCAGACGAGGAGUGA